AUGCCACUUGAACACGCUGAAUGGUAUUCGAAGCAAUCCGCACAUGCUAAUGAUAAAUUGCAGGCUCGACAAUGCUGCACUUAUUACUCAGUAGUCAAUAUGAACCAAAACAAUCAUCCGUUUGUAAAUUCAUAUGAACAACAGCAAACAUGGACAUUAUCACGAACUAUGGCCACUCAUAAUAAGCGAUAUCAAUCGUCGAUUGAAAAUAUUUUUCUAACGACACCAAAAUUAUCGCUGAAAGCCAAAACUCUCGAGUGUGAAAAGAUUAGACCUGAAAAGGAUCGUUUAGUUCCCUUUCUAGCAUCAUCUCGUCCGUCGUUUUAUAAUACAAUUAAAUCGUAUCAUCAUCAAAAUGAAAACUCGAUUCCAGUCAAAUCGAUACUGAACAACAAUUCGAAAUUGAGGAACAAUGCCAGUUUGAGAAGUUCGCCAAUCUCAAUUCGGCCCAUGCGUGUUAUUCAUAUGAAUGGUGAAUUAAUCGUACGAAUUUAG